AUGAAUGAGUGGAUGGGCCAUGACGUCAAUGUGGUGGGACCCUUACAGAUCCCACCCAGCGAUGGGUUUCCCCUAUCAGAGACCUCCCACUUUUUUGAUAUUCUGGCAGAGCAGAACAGUCCUUUGCUGCAGGACCAGGAGGUCAUGCCCUUCACCAGCUAUCCCAGCAUGUUCACCUCGGCGGAACCCUGCAUAUCAUCACCGUCGUACUACCCCGGUCAGCACUGUUACCCACAGUUCAGCGGGGAGGAGUGGUACUCUCCGUCCACUGUGUUCGAGAUGAGGAAAGGACCUUUGGAGGGGGGGUUCGACAAUGCGAUGGAGGAGUCUUGCCCUGUUGUCCCCACUUUGUGUAAGAGGUCCAGAUAUGCUCCUCAGUCUGGAAAGAGCAAAGGAGAGGAACUGUGCGUGGUCUGUGGAGAUAAUGCGUCAGGGUAUCACUACAAUGCUCUCACAUGUGAGGGAUGUAAAGGGUUCUUCAGAAGGAGCAUCACAAAGAAUGCUGCAUAUAAGUGUAAGGCCGAAGGAAACUGUGAGAUGGACAUGUACAUGCGCAGGAAAUGCCAAGAGUGUCGACUCAGGAAGUGCAAAGAGAUGGGCAUGCUUGCAGAAUGCUUGUUAACUGAAAUCCAGUGCAAAUCCAAACGGCUGAGGAAAAACACAAAGGCGUCAUCUGAUGAAAGCAUAGGGGAGGAUGGUAGUGAUAGUAGAGAUGCUAAACAGGUUGUAUCGACCUCUAAACCUUUCAAGGAAAAUUUAGAACUGAGUCAAGACCAGCAGGCUUUAGUAAAUUACAUCGUUGACGCUUACAACAAACAUCGCAUCCCUCAAGAUAUGGCAAAGAAACUGUUACAAGAGCAGUACAGUCGUGAAGAAAACUUCCUCUUGUUGACAGAGAUGGCAACCAGUCACGUCCAAGUGCUGGUUGAGUUCACAAAAAACAUACCAGGAUUUCAAUCUCUGGAUCAUGAAGAUCAGAUCGCGUUAUUGAAGGGUUCGGCCGUAGAGGCGAUGUUCCUGCGCUCGGCUCAGGUCUUUACCAAAAAACUUCCUCACGGGCACACAGAGGUGCUGGAGGACAGGAUUAGAAAAAGUGGAAUAUCUGAAGAGUAUAUUACCCCAAUGUUUAACUUUUAUAAAAGCAUUGGGGAACUGCAGAUGAUGCAGGAGGAACAUGCUUUGCUCACCGCUAUUACAAUCCUCUCACCAGAUAGGCCAUAUGUAAAGGACCAGCAGGCUGUGGAGCAUCUACAGGAGCCUAUGCUGGGUGUGCUGAGGAAGGUUUGUAAGAUACAGCAUCCUCGGGAGCCACAGCACUUUGCACGGCUGCUGGGACGUCUGACUGAGUUACGCACCCUCAAUCACCAUCAUGCAGAGAUGCUGGAAUCAUGGCGCACGAGCGACCACAAGUUCACACCUCUUCUCUGUGAGAUUUGGGACGUCCAGUGA